AUGCUAACUGCUCUAAUUCUACUUCAAUUACUCAUUCCACCUAGCAUCCAAUUCUUUUUCGGAUCUGGAGGUGGAGGCGGAGGUUGUGGAUGUCCGUGUCCUGUACCACCGCCUAUUCCAAUAUGUGCUCCGCCUCCGAUCUGUGCUCAACCUGCUCCGUGUUCUGUGGCUCCAUCGUAUGCAUCGUACUCACCGUCUUAUUCACCGUCUUAUUCUUCAUAUGCUUCUGCUCCAGCUCCAUCGCCAUUUUAUCAGCCUGGUUGGUCUCCAGCCAUCCCCUCAUACGCCUCUGCUCCAUCCUAUUCAACUUCCUACUCCGCUGCUCCACCUCCCCUCAUAAUCCCCUCCGGCCCCUCAUAUGUUGCUCCAGUAUCUGCUCCAAACUACUCUCUAACUCCUUCAAUUGCUAUCCCCGGACCACUUCCACCAUCUCCAGUUUACAUACCAGCGCCUGGACCUCUUUCGAUUCCAGUGGUUACAAGUGGAUACGAUCAAAUUUCCAUCGUUACAACUCUGGCAACAACUCCAUCAUAUCUUCAAAGCGGUUAUGUUCCUGCUGCUUCGAAAGCAUACGACGAGGAUAAUAGUAUCGAAGGAAUGGCUCCACCGCCACCACCUCCACCAAUUGAUAUUCCCAAAGAACCGCUCACUUACGACUACCGAACGUCAGAAGUUGUCACGCCCUCAGACUACUACAAACCUGCAUUUGUUCCAAGCGCGAGUUAUAUGGAAGACGUCACAGAAGAAGGACAACUCGUUGAGAAACAAGGAUACUGGAUGAAAGGACAACCGGUUUCACAAGCAUCUUCAAAAUAUGGACAGUUCGAAACAAGGCAUAACAUUCUGAAACGAAUGAAAACUGAAACUAUCCCGAGAACUAAUAACACUUGCAACUCCAUAAAGUUAGCAAAUGUAAUGAUGAGAGCAAUUGUCGAUGACGUUUCUGUGUCGAAACGAAUGAUUCAACAUGCCACGAAACUCGCUUUCGACGGUGCCAAAUUCGAUGUUUUCUGUGCAAUCGGAGAAUUCAGUUACAGCAUUCACUCUCGGAAAUAUUGCGAGGUAACGAAGCAGGAAGUUACUUGCUUCGCUUUCCGAUAA